AUGCAAUUGGAUCCCACCCGGGUGGAGUACGUACCUAAAGUGAGAUCUCCUCCUGCCCCUCUCUCGACCCCGUUCCUGCCUUCCCCCGAAGUACCUUUCAAAAGGGGGCAAGAGGGACGCACAACCAACGGCUCAAGUACCCAAGUUCCUCCCCAAGUAAGGCAAAGUACCAUACAUGGGGUUUAUCCAUACUGCGCUGCUCCUUCCAUUAUGCGCUGGUAUGGAAGCUACAAGACCAGGGGAAGGAAUGGAACGAACGGAGGAACGGCAGUGAUAGCCAGUCACAGUUGGCGUGUUCGUCCCUCCUUCUCAAGUAAGGCAGGUUUCGUUCUCUUCCUCCUUCCCUCCCCCCACACCGGGACAGGAGCAUCCCGUCACACCGUGUCAUUGGCUGCAGAUCCUCAGACGAAAGAAAGAAGGGGCUCCGGGAUUCUUGCCCUGGGGAAUCGAGGUGUCUCUUCUCUUGGCUUGACAUUUUCUUCUUGUCCAUCUAAAAGACUCCAGUUCAUCAUCUCCAUUUUCUACUCCAUACGACCACUUGGCUUCGGGUCCAUCUGUGAUCAUCUGCAAUGCGGAUAUUUGGUUGCUCCUUUGGGUCGUUACUCAAGUGGCCCCCAAUUUGCCCAUGCCCAGCACGGUGGCUGCGGUUGUGGAUGCAACCGCCGGUACCUGCAUAUCGCUAGUGUAAUUCUGCAGGCUACGCCGGUACACCCCGAGCUAUCGCAUCACACCGUCCUUCACAUCUCCCGCCAAACCGUUGGUGCUAAAUGCUUGGUGCCAUGCACGAUGCGCAACGAUGCAGCCGUAACCCGAACGUGGACUGGCCAAACAGCCUGCAAUGUGGUGUCAUCGCCUUUCCAACAGCAGUGUCUGACCAGCUUGCGCCGCUGCGCCGCCAGCACCGGCUGCCCGACACAUCGAAAUGCAUCGCAGCGGCGCAUCGCACGGCGCAGCAUGAUCAACAUCCCCCAUCCGCGCUUCGUCAUCGCACCUCUCCGCUGA